AUGAGGAGAAAGCGUGCGCUUGAGCUCGGCAUUGAGAAAAAGCGGCUUUUCCUGGGCCAGCUGCAGCGUGACGUCCAGCUUCUGAAGCGUCUCCAGAUCAUGGACUACUCGUUGCUCAUCGGCAUCCAUGACUCCAAAAAGGGCAACGAGGAGAACUUGAGGGACAAGACCUUGCGGGUGUUCAACCCUGGAGGCGAGCGUCACUCGGAAGAACCCGAGGUUUCUGUGCUUCUCCGUACGCCCAGCAAACUGGAGAAUGCGAAGAAGGCGAGGGAGCUCCGGCAGAUGCUGCGACAGGAACGCCCCGUCCCGAUGGAUCAGACGGCGAGUAGGAUGCCGGACGAGCUGGACCAGGGUAACAGCCGGACAGGUUUCGUUUUCAACCAGGAUGACGGAGGAUUCCGCGCGACACAGGAAGAUAAUUCGCCCGCGGAUGAGGUGUACUACCUUGGCGUCAUCGACUGCCUGACUCACUACGGUUACGGCGAUCGGUUUUACCAGUUCGUCGAAGGCGUCACCAUGUCAGCCCAGGAAGCACAGCGAAAAGAACUCGCCGAAGCCGAAGCCGCACGAAACGCUGCCCUUGCCGACGAUCCGGUAGAAGAGAUUGUGGAAAAUCACGGCGCCCAUGCCGACAUAUGCGCCACCGCCGCCGCCAACUCAGCCGUCUGGGAGCCUUCCCCCAACGCCGAAGUAACGAACGAGAAGCCUUUCCUGGAGGGAGGACCGAGCGAGAAAACUAGCCACGACCCGAAUUAUGCGGAUGGACCCUCGCAUGUCCAUGAUGGGGAGUCGGCCCAUGGCCAGUCCCUUCCCGUGGUGGACGAAGCGGUGGAAAACUCAUCCUCUGGUGGGGCUAGAAGCACCCGUAGCGGUCUGAGCAUCCGGAGCCGGGUCGAGGACGAGGCGCGGCCUCCCACACCGCGCAAAGAUCGCCCUGUGACGCCGCACAAGACGAUUCCCCGAAGACGCGAUGGACCGCCAACCCCACCCAAGUACUUGAAACCUGAGAGUGCGGAUAGCGGGUAUGGCGGCGUGAAUGGGACUGGCACCGACAGCCGAGAGGGGUCCUUGAAGAUUAGUCGCAAGAUCAGCCGAGAAUCUCUCGACAAGGAUCUUCCGGCGCUUCCACGCGGUGAUCGGUCACUUGGGCUUUAUGUGAGUUGA